AUGGUGGACUUCAGCACUUCCAGAAAGACACUGCUCUCGGGAUUCAUACUGCUGGCAUACUCGGACAUCCUUAACAACCGAACAUACGACCUUGUUGGAGUGGACCAGGGAUACACAACUUUCAAGGGCUAUCACUACAAUUCUGAGAAAGACAUGUAUGACGAGGUGUUCAGCUAUAAGCACAAAGAGAAAAUUCAUCUGGUUAUUCCAGGCGACUUUACAGGGACCGGCAAUGUGAGCUAUGCUCUUGUCACAAAGAAGGGGCCGGGAAAGUUUGACACCUACAUGUACUUCCUGGACGAGGAUGAGGCAAAGCAUCUUGGAGAAUCGGUCGCAGCACCGUUUCUUUAUGCCUGUCCCAAUGACCUACGUCCACAGCUACUCAUCCAGUACGGUGAUGGGCUGAAGAAAGUCAGAAUUGACGAGGAUAGGAACAUAAUCAAAGACUCUGCCGACGAGUAUGGAAGGCUCCACCGCGACCACACAUCUGCAUUUGUUGAGCUUGAUGGGACCAUGAAGGCCUGUCUUUGCCUUGUUGUUGAAGACGGAAGGGGAGGGAAGCUUUUGAGGGUUCUGAGCAACAGAAACGGGGAGUUUGUGAGCUAUUUCGAGAUGAGGCUUCCCAAUGAAAUAGGCCCCAUAGUCUUCGCAGACUUCAAUGGGAAUGGGAUGAAUGACAUGGGGUUUGUUCAAAAGAGCGGAGAAAAGUAUCUUCUGAAGAUAUAUUUCAACAUGACCUCCAGGGUUGAUAGUGGUGGCAAAAGGCUUCUUGGGGGAUUCCUUCCGCAUCAGGUCGACAGCACAGUGUUUUCAGAAGGAAACAUGAAGGUGAUAGAUCUGGGUGAGAUGUUUCCAAACUGCACCCCCUUACUGAAGUCAGAGGACCAUUUUGAAGGCCUGCCAUACGGAAUAUUCAACGCAGAUCUCAGGGCAAAGGGAAGGCAGGACUUCUUCAUCAUAAUGAAAGAUAUAGACAAUAGCACGAAGGUCGGGGUUCUUGAAAACAACUCCACUCCUGAUGACAUCCAGUUUGAGAAGGCAGCGUAUAGCGAUGACCUGCUCAGCAUCAAGAAUGUCAUCUCGAUAAGCUGCUGUGAUUAUAAUAACAAGGGACGGGAGGCGGUGUUCCUGAAUAGAGUUGUGGAUAAUAGCGCGGUUGUAGAGGCCUACAAAAACGAUUUGUCUAAGGAGAAUCUGAAGCUCAGCCUGUCAACAAUCCACCCAGGGCAGCAGAAGUAUGGAUCUGUUGUUCCGGGGGUGUCUUACUUGGUGUCCUACGGAGACGGAGAGAGAAUCAUAAUUUCAAACCAAGUGCCCUACAGCACAUUUGUGCAUCUAAAGCACCACGUUGCAUACAUCGGGCUGGGGACGAUGAACCUUAUAGUCGACAGCUUGAUGAUAGGGACACCAGGAAGGAACGGGAGUCCAUAUGCCGGCCCCUAUGUGAUUGAUUCAAUAGCCAUUCCAAACACAGAUUUAGUUGUAUAUCUGGGGGAAAAUGAAAAAUACACUGUAGAAGCACAUUUUAUUGUCGGAGAGCACUUCAAAACCAUCAUUGGCACGCUACUUAUAGUUGCGGGUGUAAAUCUUGCAUUCAUACUCUUACUCCAAUAUAGAGACAGGAGAAGGAUAAUCAGGGCGAAGAAUAUGGACAAGCUCCAUCCGUUAUUCUCUACGUUGCAGUGA